AAUUUUUUGUGCGGUGUGCGGUUAGGUAGAAACUGGUAGAAACAUUCUAUGGGUAGAAAUUUAAAUUUUUAAUAUAAACAGAUAUAAAUACUUGUGAUAAAUACUGUAAAAUCAGAGCUAGUAAAUAUCUAAUCAUUCAAAAUGGAAACGAUUCUAAAAAUAAGAAAUAUAAGCGAUAUAACAAAUAAGUUAACUCCACAUAAUAGUGAUUUAACCAAGACAACACGAGAACAAGUAACUGUGGAAAAGCUAAUUUUAAAGAAAUUCGAGGACCUACAUUCUUGUUUAAGGGUGAAUCAAAAUUUACCGGAGUUAUUUAAGGAACAACAUAUAAAAUAUUUGAAGGACAAUUUAUUUUAUUUACCUUCGAGUUAUGAGUCCUUAGAUGCCAGCCAAACUUGGUUAUGUUAUUGGAUAGUACAUCCUUUGUCAUUGUUAGGUGUAAAAUUAGAGGACAGUGAUAAAAGUAAUAUAGCAAAGUUUUUGGGAAAAAUUAUUUUUAGAUGCCAAAGUCCAGAAGGAGGAUUUGGUGGGGGUCCCAGUCAAAUUCCCCAUUUAGCAGCAACAUAUGCAGCUGUGAAUGCCUUAAUAAUUUUAGGAACAGAAGAAGCAUAUAAAAUUAUUAACAGGCAGAAAUUGUACGAAUUUUUACUAAGAGUUAAGCAACCGGAUGGAAAGUUUGCCAUGCAUACCGGCGGUGAGAUUGAUAUUCGAGGAGCUUAUUGUGCAAUAUCUGUAGCAAGUUUAACAGGAAUAAUGACCAAAGAGCUUGUAGAUAAUACAGCAGAAUGGAUUGUGAGUUGUCAAACUUACGAAGGGGGGUUUGCUGGAUGUCCAGGAUCAGAAGCUCACGGGGGCUAUACUUUUUGUGGUUUAGCAGCUUUAGUUAUUUUAAAUAAGGGCCAUCUAUGUGAUAAUCAAGCCUUAUUGAGAUGGCUUGUACAAAAGCAAAUGAAAAUGGAAGGUGGUUUUCAAGGUAGAGCAAACAAGCUGGUGGACAGCUGUUACUCUUUUUGGCAGGCUGGUGCAUUUCCUAUUAUUUAUUCCUUACUAGCAAAAGAUGGCCACAUUCUCCUUGACCAUUUGUUUGAUGAAAGGGCUUUGCAAGAGUACAUUUUGAUUUGUUGUCAGCAUCCCCAAGGAGGCAUGCUCGAUAAGCCAAGCAAGCCUAGAGAUAUCUAUCAUACUUGCUAUAGCAUAAGUGGUUUGUCGAUAGCGCAACAUUUUUUGAAUGAAAAGCAUGUCUUGGGAUCAUACAGAAAUGAGCUGGUUGUCACGCAUCCUUUAUAUAACAUUAGGCCUGAUUUGGUUGCCAAAGGUUUGAUAUAUUUCCGGAAUUUUAAUUCAGGAGGUUCAACGUGACGUUGGUGUAUCUUAAAAUUUGUUAUACUAUAGAACAAGAAUUUGGAUUUCUAUGGGGCAAGAAUUGUAACACUAAAUUGUAACACUAUAUUCCUUUAUUUCCCUGCAAAAUGAUAUUUUUUAGUUUUUAAGUUCUAUUGCAUUGUUUAAGUUUUAAAUAUACUCAUUAAGGAAUUU